AUGUUCUCUCGAAUCCCCAAAUCAAGCAUAAGAGCACAGGCUCCCCGGCAAAUUUCACGUUCAGUGAGACGAUUUUCGUCACUUCCAAAAGCCGUCAUUGUAACACCGGAGGAGAGGAGCUCUGGGAUCUUGUCAUGGAGGAGCCUUGAACUCGCAACACGUGCACUUCACCACGACGGGAUCGUAGCCCUCGAAAAUGCAAUCCCACAUGACAAGCUUGACUUCUUGAAUGAGAAAAUGGUUGCAGAUGCUCUCUUCCUACAAUCAGCCGGUGACUCAAUGCCCUUCAACUACAAUAAAGGGAACAUCCAGCAAAACCCUCCAUUGGUGAAAAGGUACUUCGACCCAAACAUCUUCCUCAACCCCCUCGCCACCCAAACCACUUCGUCCCUUCUGGGCCCUCGCCCCAGGCUAUCCUUCAUAUCCGGCAACAGCGCACUCCCACCAGCUCCCGACUCAGAACCCCAAUCGCAACCCGUCCAUUCAGACGCCGACUUCGAACACCCACGAUCUCCAUUCGCGCUAGUUAUAAAUAUCCCACUGGUCGAGAUGACGCUAGACAACGGCACCACAGAAGUCUGGCUAGGGUCGCAUCUGAACUCAGGCAAACAUGUUCAAGAAGGCGAGCACGGCGAGAGAGCGAGCGGUCGCAUCAGGAAAGAUGUGCUUGCAGCACGAGCGCAAGAGCGGCAAUCCUCACAACCUGUCGUCAGGAAAGGCUCGAUUGUCGUGCGGGAUUUGCGGUUAUGGCAUGCGGGGAAGCCGAACUUCACGGAGCAGACAAGAGUCAUGCUUGCGAUGAUUCAUUUCGCGCCCUGGUUCAGGAAUGCUAUGGAGAUUACUUUCUCAGAGGAGCUUCGGCCGCAGCUCGAAAGCGAUGGUGGGCUUCAGAUUCAAGGCCGACUUAAACCUGAACAGGAGAUAUUGGAUACAUAUUUGAAGGGUGCGUAUGGUAAUGCCUAUGAUUUUGACCAGAAGGAGAAGUUGGAUAUUGAGUUUUGA